UACACGGAGCCGAAUUUAACCACAGGGGGAGGGGCAGACUGGACAUGGUUGAGAGUUUGUCCAUUAGUGUGUUGUGGUCAGUGGAAGAAACUCGGUCGGGGGCGUCCUGGAACCUGCCCGUCUGAGCCGGUCGGUGUGGAACUGACGUUGUGGCUGGUAGGAGUCCACUUUUCCUACCCAUUCAAGGGCACUGCCAAGAGGCCCCAAAGAUCACACUUGUUCUGGGACCGGUCACCCUCAUGGACACCCAAAGACACACAGGAGUUCUAUACAAGGGAUGUAGAAGGUGACAAGUCCCAGCUGUGAGCUCACUUAGACGAUGGGGGACUGGAACCUGCUGGGAAAGCUCCUGGAAAACGCCCAGGAGCACUCCACCGUGGUGGGCAAGGUGUGGCUCACGGUCCUGUUCAUCUUCCGCAUCCUGAUCCUGAGCGCCGCCACAGAGAAGGUGUGGGGCGACGAGCAGUCGGGCUUCACCUGUGACACCAAGCAGCCCGGUUGCGAGAACGUGUGCUACGACAUCACUUUCCCCAUCUCCCACGUUCGCUUCUGGGUGCUGCAGAUCAUCUUUGUGUCCACGCCUACGCUGAUCUACCUGGGCCACAUCCUGCAUCUGGUGCGCAUGGAGGAGAAGCAAAAGGAGAAGGAGAAGACUCUUCCUCCGAACAAGCCGGCCCUUGUCGUGGACGCCCACAAGCACAAAAAGGCCUUGAUGAGAGACGAAAAAGGACAUGUGCGCCUACAGGGGGAGCUCUUGCGCACAUAUGUUUUUAAUAUCAUUUUUAAGACCCUCUUUGAGGUGGGCUUCAUUGUGGCCCAAUACCUGUUGUACGGCUUUGAGCUGAAGCCCAUGUACACAUGCGACAGGCCGCCAUGUCCCAACGCGGUCAACUGCUACAUCUCCCGACCCACAGAGAAAACCAUUUUCAUCAUCUUCAUGCUGGGCGUGGCCAGCGUUUCCCUCUUCCUCAACCUCAUUGAGAUGUACCACCUGGGCUUCACCAAGUGCCGCCAGGGCAUCACCUUUCGAAGAAGCAACCGGUCACCUGAGACCAUGUCCAAGGGGCAGAGCGACACCGAAGCGCCGUUCGGCCCGACAUAUGACGACUAUUUCCACGAGCAUCGCCCUCCCAGCUACAACCUCUCCCCUCUGUCCCAGGGCGCCGAAUCGUCCUUUCAGCCGUGUAAUAGCAAAGUGGCCUACAAACAGAACAAGGACAACUUGGCGGUGGAAAGGAGUGGCGGCAAGCUGGAGGAAUGUGACCUGAAAGGAAAGAAGCGAGGAUCUGCCCCCGGGUCUCCCACGCAGAGCAGGCAAGGCCGCAGUGCCAAGUACAGCAACAACAAGACUCGAAUAGAUGAUCUCAAGAUAUGAGACACGGCUUUCAGGGGGCGGAACGCUGAUGAAAAAAAAAUAUUCAUGGUGCAGGUUUGACUCAUUCCAAAUCAGACAUU